GUGACAGGAACUCCUUGUUUCGGGCAUGCUGCGCUGGAGGAGUGUCUUCGAAGAACCCAUACCACGAAGACGAUGUGGACGAGCACCUCGGCAUGGUCAUCUUCAGGGACUACUACGGCAGGCUCCUCACCUUCCCACAGAUCAAGGUGCUGGUGCUGAUCGGUUACCUGGGAUACUUAGCCGUGGCCAUAUACGGUGUGACGCAACUUCGGGAGGGAGCCGUCGGCGAGGACAAGCUCACCAUCGACAUAUCCACGACCGGAAAAUACUGGCAGCUCAACGACAGGUACUUCCGCAAGUUUUCCUUCGGCGUCGACGUGAUGAUCACCGAGACGCUGGACUAUUCCCGGAACGAGACCCAGUGGAAGGUGGAGGAACUCCUCAAGAAGAUGGAGUCCCUGCCGCACAUCGCGGAGUCUUCAUACACGAACAACUGGCUUCGCAAUUUUCUCUCUUUCAUUUACACGACGGGGGAGUUCGUGGACUAUGACAUCUCCGACGAGGAAAAAUUCAUCAACACUCUCAAAGAUACGUUCCUGUUGGAUGGGACAUAUGGGAACGAAGUGAUCUUCAACAAGGCCGGGACAAAGAUCAUCGCGACCAAGUACCACCUCCGGACCAAGGACAUGCAAUCGGUGAAGGAGGAGUUGAUGGUGAUGCUGGACCUCCGGGCCAUCGCGGAUGCAUCCGGUCUCAACGUGACGGUCCACUCCGGUCCCUUCAAGUUCUUCGACCAGUUGGUGAUGGUGUGGCCAAUGACGGUGACGGCGGUGACGGCCGCAACGGUGUCCAUGCUCAUCGUCUCAUUCCUCCUCAUCCCGGACACGAUCUGCGCCAUCUGGGUGGGUCUGUCGAUCGCCUCCAUCGAAGCGGGGGUCGUUGGCUUCAUGGCCCUCGCCGGCCUGGAACUGGACAACGUCACCGCCAUCAACAUCAUCAUGAGCAUAGGAUUCUCGGUGGACUUCUCGGCACACAUCACGUACGCGUACGUGUCCAGCCGGGGACUUCCGCCGAACGAACGAUUGCGAGAGAGCCUGCACAAGCUUGGAGUGCCUAUCCUGCAAAGCAGUCUGUCCACCAUCGUGAGCCUGAUCCCGCUCACCUUCAUUCCCUCCUUCAUCCUCAUGGCAUUCUUCACCCUCAACUUCCUUGUGAUGUCCCUCGGGACGAUCCACGGAAUCCUGAUCCUUCCAGUCCUCCUAUCCGUCGUCGGACCUGGUGCCUGUUCGAAGAAGAAGCAGGAGGAUGCGGACGAGGAGAAAGUGAGUUAUCCGGGGAAAGAUCACGAGUUGUCGUGGAAGGAUUGCGAAGUCGUGGUCAGGAAGGCCGGGAUCAUGGUGCAUCGACGGUGUAAGUCUUUGGAUGCCUCUGUUCUCAGCGGAGGCGUGGCGAAAAACGGGUUCAUCAACGAGGCUUUCCCUGGGUUGAGGAAGGAAGCAUGGAAUUUUCUUCUGGGGAUGUACCCAUAUGACAGCACUGAGGAAGAGCGUGAGGAAUUUCGUAAGACGAAAGUGGAUGACUUCUAUCGCAUGGAACUCCAGAGGAGGAGCAUCUCUGCUGAACAGGAGUCUUGCUGUUCUGCCCUUUGA